AUGGAGGAAGAGAACCUAGAGGAGGAGGAGGAGGAGCCGGAAGAGGCAGAGGAAUUGGAGGAGGAGGAGGAGGAGGAUCCCUCUGAGGUCGAAUCGUUGGACGACUGGGAGUACGAAUGUUACGAGGAUCCUCAAUAUACCAAACCCCACAGUCCUUCAAACGUCAACACCAUGAGCAAGGAGGAACUCGUUGUUACUGUUAUCCGGCUUAAGGAGGAGGUUCACCAACGGACAAGGGAAUAUGCUAAGGAGAAAGUGGCCCGACGAGGAGCGGUGGCAGUGGUCUGUCAAUGCCUUGACAAUAUGAGCCUCGAGUGCAAAUGGUCGAGGGCUGAUCUGUCACUACUAGGUGUCGAGGCUCCGGGUGAAGAUCAGGUUCAUGAUGAUGGUGAUGGAGCGGAGGAGACUCGAGAAGAAGGACCAUAG